AGGGCGUCGGGCAUCAGAGGGAGCCGGCGGCCCUUCCCGGGUCCCGCGGCGACUGGCUGGGUCGGGCGAUGGCCAGGCCAGCCGUGUGGGCGGCGGGGGCCUGCCCUCGUGACUGCUGGUGAGAGUCCAGGCCUCCUUAGCCUGCCUUGGAGGGUGCUGGUGUGUCCCGAGGCGCUAAGGACCUGAGGUGCCCUGCCCACCCUGUGUCUCGCUAGGACCUGUCCCUGCUCCUUGUCAUCACUGUCCUAAGAGUCACAGUGCUCCUGUUCGCCCUGAGGAACAUGAACUCGGGGAAGAAACCUAUCACCUUACAGGACUCUGAAACCAAGUACCCACUGCCUUUGAUUGAGAAAGAGCAAAUCAGCCACAACACCCGGAGGUUCCGCUUUGGACUGCCCUCACCAGACCAUGUCUUGGGGCUUCCUGUAGGUAACUACAUCCAUCUCUUGGCCAGAAUUGAUGGUGUUUUGGUGGUCAGGGCUUAUACGCCUGUGUCCAGUGAUGACGACCAAGGCUUUGUGGACUUGAUUAUAAAGAUCUACUUCAAAAAUGUACACCCCAAUUAUCCGGAAGGGGGGAAGAUGACCCAGUACUUGGAGAACAUGAGAAUUGGGGACACCAUCCUUUUUCGAGGGCCCACGGGUCGCCUGUUCUAUCAUGAGCCAGGGCAGCUUUCAGUCAGACCAUACAAAACCAGUGAGCCUGAAGAAGCGGUGGUCAGUCACCUGGGAAUGAUUGCUGGGGGCACAGGGAUUACACCCAUGCUGCAGCUCAUUCGCCACAUCACCAGGAACCCCAACGACAGGACCAGGAUGUCCCUCAUCUUUGCCAACCAGGCAGAGGAGGAUAUCUUGGUGAGAAAGGAGCUUGAAGAAGUUGCCAGAACUCACCCGGAACAGUUCAGCCUGUGGUACACCCUGGACAGGCCUCCUGUUGGCUGGAAGUACAGCUCAGGCUACAUCACCGCCAACAUGAUCAAGGAGCAUCUCCCUCCUCCCGGGCAGUCCACCUUCAUCCUGGUGUGUGGACCCCCGCCCCUGAUCCAGACCGCUGCCCACCCGAACCUGGAGAAACUGGGUUAUACCAAUGACAUGAUUUUCACUUACUAAUCGCUCCCUUGCUCUUAACACAUCUGCCUGGUCCCUUUCCUGUGUUUCAGAGUGAGCUCCGCUUCAGUACAUUAAAGUGGUGCAUGUUCGCAAGUGCCUGCAGUGCAUCCUUGGGCACAUCGCUCCUCUUCUGCGUGUGCGCCUACGAAGUGUUCAGAGGGCUGGAGACAAACAAGUUUCUGAGGGCCACCUUGCUUGGGAGGCUCAAUUCGUAGCUUUUCCCAUAGGGAGGGUCUUGCAGGGGUGCAGCAGCGAUGGGCAGUGAGCCUUCAUUCACCCGUGUGCCCAGCGCACCCUCAGCGAAUCCCCUACUUGGAGAAAGAUACUCUGCCAGGCACUACAGGAUGAGGAAGAACCUACCCACGGAUACUUUUCUCUAACGCACAUAUUCCCACGCUUGUCCCCUGCUUUUGGUAGUCCCCACCUGGCCACCUGUGUCUCCAAGAUAAAUCACAGGGACCUGGCUCGCAGGGCUUUUCCUGGCCUGACUCCAGCUAACCUCACCAGACUCUUCCUUCCCUGGGCCUCCCACUCUUACCCCAUCCCAUGGCCCUGUGGUUCUCAACUAGGGGAAGUUUUGCCUCCCACAGAACAUUUCGCAAAGUCUGAAGACCUCUUUGGUGGUCACACCAGAGGAGGGGUGCUGUGGGCAGAUAGGGGUAGAGGAUGCUGUGAAACCUCCUGCCACACACAGACCAGCCCCCAGCACAAGUUAGUCUGCCCUAAGUGACAGCAGGGCAGAGGCUGAGAAGCUGUGCUCUGGUCUUAGCAACUUUGGGCACUUCCUGGGAUGUGCUGGCAUGUUCCGAGUCCAUCUUCCUGGAGUGCCUCCCCCUGGCACACUUGGGGAACCUGCUUUGUUUCUGAAGUCUAAGUCUUUUUCAGUCCCCUGCCCCCAGCUCUCCAUUAAAAACGACAACUUGUUCUUGCA